UCUGGGAAAUGUAGUGUGAUAACAAUGUCGUUACAGAGCCAAAAAACAGCUUCAAAUUUGUUUAUUGCUAGCUACUAACAAUGUGAAACGCACAAGAGAAAGGCAAAAUGGAGGGAUUCAUGUUGACUAUCCUUAACGUUACUUUUAGAUUAUUUUAUUUUCCUUACCAAAUCGUUGGUGCUAGCGUUGUCCGUGGAAACAAUUCAAAUAUCAAGUUCGCAGAGGUCAAACGUUUCAUUCAACUUGUAGUGAAUGUUACCGUCUUCGACCUUGUGACAACAACAACUGGAGUGCAUUGCCUAACUUCCCGAACAGACCACAGAGGAAAACUCAGCUGCAGAGGGGAGAUGCUGUUGAUGCUGGUGUCCCUGCUCUGCUGUGUCACUGCAGCCAGGGCCUGUCUGCAGUGCGACCGCAGCAUCCGAAUGAUGCACGAGGACUUCAUCUUGUCUGCUCCCACUCUGCAAGACCAGCUCAACUUGCAAAGUAUUCGUGACCAAGCCUAUGUGACCUACAUAGAGACCAGUCAGGAACGAAAGGGGCUCAUUGAUCCCACUACUCUAUACAGAGCUAAAACUGAAUACCAGAGUGAAUUUGAUCGCUUCUUGAAAACCAAGCUCACUGGAUCUGUAACAUUUGAAGCUAUUCAGAUCAUGGAGAAAGGCAGGAAGAUUUUAGAGAAACAUCUGGAUGCCUUCAUCCCCAGUGAAUUAUGCCCCAACAUAUGUGGGCUUCUAAUUAGAAGAGUAAUGGAUUGCGUCUCUUGCCGCUACAAAGUAUACAUCUGUCCCUCUCCGACUGGCCAACAGGACUGUGGUGAGUAUCCUGUGCAGGCUGAGGAAGGAGGCCAGGCUUUGUUGAAUUGUUUUCUUCCAUGGCACCGUCUUCUAUUGGGUAGACCAGAGUACCACUACUCCUGGGCGCCAGGAGCAUCAGAUAUUGAUAAGAUGAAUGAAAGUGACUUCAGUGUCUUGAUAGUGACAGAAGACUCGUCUAUUGUCUUGAAUCAACUGCGUUUGGAUGAAGAAGGAACAUACCGCUGCUCCCUGCAAGCCCAAAAUGGAACCAUCUUCUAUCAAGCCACUUUCCCACUCACUGUCAUACCGUCUCCUCACCAGACUCACUGGCCUUUAGUCACUCUGCCCUCCCUGCCUCAUGGAGACAGCUACUCACCUUUUCAGCCUACGGGGGCCUUGCUCGUGCCACUCAUCACUGUGGUUACGGCUUUGACUCUGACAGCAAGCGUAGGACUCGCAGUUGUCCUGAGAGUGAUGAUGAAUCAGCAGAGAACAGCAACAGAACUGAGAAGAAGGAGGAAGGAGGAAAACGGGACAGAAAACAUGACGUGAUAACUAAACUCAGUACAGUAAAAACACACUUUAAUAACAGGAAGGUUUUUCUUCACUUCAGGUUUGGCGUUUUGUUUUGCAGUGAAAUAAAUUCCCCAGCAGAAAGUGCCAUGUCAUUUCUAG